ACGACGGUGCGCGCUCCUGCGGUCACACAUAUCGAAGAAGUAACUAUGCGCGCUCCCGCCGCUUCACGGCACUCGUUUAGUUAGAGAACAACCACGAACCCUUUCGAGAUAAAACACGUUUUUUGUGUGUGUUUUUUUUUUUGUACUUGGACAACAAAAUGCUGCGCCAUUUGGAGAAGAAGGACGUACAUUUGGCGGUCUCUGUUUCCAGGAUGCUUUGGCAGCUGAAAAACGAGUUCCGGUGGUGAAACGUCUUCAUUUUCUUUCUUUUUUUCUGCCAGGAAGUUGGAAGUAGUCGCUUUGGAAAUGAUUUUGAGCUUUGUUUUGGUCGGGAGAAGUUGCGGUGAUCUAAUCGCACCGUGCUGUAGUUUGUCGCAUUGUUGUCGUUGAAAGACAAAAGUUUGUGGUCGUUUAAUUGAACCAGUUCUCCGAAGACGAGUUUUGACCCUAUUCGGCUUCACUCCCCUCAGUUUUUUUGUAUUAUUAUUUUUUUUUAUUAAUGUGUGCUCCAAAAUAGGAUUCCAUGAAAGUCAUUAAGUGAACGGGACACCUUAUUUGGGCACCUCCAGAUGUUUAUCCCGAACAUAUUUUGCGUGUUUUCCCAACAUGUCAGCCUCCGCAGUGCCUCCAAAGGAACACUUCCAGUCUAAACCCCCGACGUGACCCCUUUUUUUUUUUUUUUUUUUUUCUUCUUUCUACCUUGGGAACUGUCAAUCAUCAUUUUGUGUUUGUGAGACCCGUGGACCCCCUGUGGGCAACAACAUGGCGCCCAGCACGCAUGCGCUCUGCCUGGCUGCGCGUGCCCGCUGAAGGAGGAGGAUGCGCGCGCACCACGAGGACCAUACCUGUCAUCGCGGGCGGAGGAAGGACAUACGUCUGACCAAUCAGUUGGCCCGGCCGGGUUCUGAAGCUUUGAAGACCACGCCAGCGUCGCCACAAUGAAUGAACGACAGGCACUCCACUCCAUCAUGAAGGACCUGGUGGCCCUGCAGAUGACGCGCCGGCAACCCGUCCUACCAUAUGACGGCGGCGGUAAACUCAAGAUACCUGCUCAGGCUAAUAAACAGGAGGACAUCAGGAUCAAGUUUGAGUUCUCAAGCGAGAAGCGAAUCCUCAUGUUUGGCCGACCCAUACAGUUUGAUGAUGUCCAACACAAAAUCAAGCUCGUGUUUGGCCAGGAACUGGACCUCCAUUAUAUGAGCAACGAGCAGUUGUCCAUCCCGCUGCGAGGCCAGGAUGACCUGGAUAAGGCCGUAGAUCUGCUGGACCGAAGCGCCAACAUGAAGAGCAUCCGGAUCCUGCUGCUCGCACAGGAACGCAAUAAUGCCCCCUCGCCAUCCCAGCACAUGCCUUGCAAACAGGUUCGAAUCAAGGCCUCACAGUCCACCGGAGACGUCAGCGCAGUGUACCCGGCCUUGGAGCCUAGGGGGCGCCACAUGUCCACCGGUUCUCAGAACGCGGGGCGCAGCUCGCCACCUCCCGGCUACGUACCAGAACGCCAGCAGAGGAUCGCUCGACAAGGUUCCUACACCAGUGUCAAUAGUGAAGGCGAGUUCAUCCCGGAGACCAGUGACCAGUGUGUUCUGGAUCCCUGGAGCAGUGCUGAGAACUCAGUGUCUGGAAGCUGUCAGUCUCUGGACAGUAACUCAGACAGCCCCUCCCUGAGGAAGUCCCGCAUGCACCGAGCCAAGAGUUACCCAGACAACAGACAAGAGUUUUCAGACAGGGAGAACCACGUCUACGACCGCAUAGUUGGCAAGGGAGGCACGUACCCUCGCCGUUAUCACAUCUCGCUGCAUCACAAGGACCUCAGCGAAGGGCGGCGCACCUUUCCGCGCAUCCGCCGCCCGCAGGGGAACCUCUUCACCCUGGUGCCUUCGCGCCGCUCUCGCAACGGCAGCGAAGAAAGCGUCGGCAGCUGGCAGCUGGUGGACACCCAGGGCAGGCUCCGACCACAGGAACGGCCCGUCGCCCAUAAAUCGCCCAGUGCUCCGGUGACGUGGCGGCGGGGCAAGCUCCUGGGCCAGGGGGCGUUUGGGCGGGUGUACCUGUGCUACGAUGUGGACACGGGACGGGAGCUGGCUGCCAAACAGGUUCAGUUCGAUCCCGACAGUCCAGAGACCAGCAAAGAAGUCAGCGCAUUGGAGUGCGAGAUCCAGCUGCUGAAGAAUCUUCGCCACGAGCGCAUCGUGCAGUACUACGGCUGCCUGAGGGACCGGAACGAAAGGACCCUCACUAUCUUCAUGGAGUACAUGCCCGGGGGCUCUGUCAAAGACCAGCUGAAGGCUUACGGGGCGCUGACGGAGCACGUGACCCGGAAGUACACCCGUCAGAUUUUGGAGGGAAUGUCCUACCUGCACAGCAACAUGAUUGUGCACAGGGACAUCAAAGGAGCCAACAUUCUGCGCGACUCGGAGGGCAACGUCAAGCUUGGUGACUUUGGGGCCAGCAAGCGUCUGCAGACCAUCUGCAUGUCUGGAACUGGUAUACGCUCUGUGACCGGCACCCCCUACUGGAUGAGCCCGGAAGUCAUUAGCGGGGAAGGCUACGGCAGGAAGGCCGACAUCUGGAGUCUGGGCUGCACGGUAGUGGAGAUGCUGACGGAGAAACCCCCGUGGGCCGAGUACGAGGCCAUGGCGGCCAUCUUCAAGAUCGCCACGCAGCCCACCAAGCCUCUGCUGCCGCCGCUCACCUCUGAGCAAGCGCACGACUUCGUCCGCCGUAUCUUCGUGGAGGCCGAGCUGCGGCCUGGCGCCGAGGAGCUGCUCAGACACCCCUUCUCGGACAGCUAACCUGGAUGUCGCGUGUAGCUUGUGGAGCUACCGGUGGAAACGCGCAGGUGGGGUGUUGAAAUCCAAAUACUGUCGCUGGUUCUUCUUUGAAUGCGAAGGCCACAUUCGUAAGAGCCUUCAAGAGUUGCCGCAGAGUGAUUAUGUCAUGCUGUCCUCUUUCGGUUGGCCCAUGGGCUCCUUUAAAAUUCAAAGUAAAGUGCACUGUAUGGACAAAGGUAUUGAGACACUUAUCCAUUGGUGUGGUUUGGUUUCAAAUUAGUGUUUCAAGCCUGGGUUAAGCUUUCAAUGUGGGGUUUCAAGCCAUACCUGUAGUUAUGGUUUCAAGCGUUUUCAAUGAUUGCGCAAAUGAGUGGUGUGUCCCAAAACGUUUGUCCACAUAGUUGUUCGCAUAUAUUGUAAGCUAUUUUUAAAUUGUUGUUGUGUAUUAAGGAAAGAAAUGCAAGUUGUAGAAUUGGUCUCAGAAAGUGUGUAGUCAAGCAUCAUGCACUAUUGAUCGGUGCAUGAUUGAUUGUGUUUCGGGGCUUGUCUAAUGUUGGAAAAGGUGUUUUGCAGUAGGUUGUUUUUGAGCCAUGUCACCAGGAAGUGACUGUUGUUGCCUUUGUUGUUGUUGUCGCCAAAUCCACUCACCAGUCACCAUUGACCUUAAUGAGAGGUUAAGUUUUCUAUGUUUUAUUUCUGUGUUAAAAGCAGUCAAAACCUCAAGAACAAAGCUUUAACAAUCAAUUGUAAAUCUAAUCAGAUGCACUUUUUAAAAUGAAUGUUAAAAAUUUGAUUUGUAUUUACUUCAAAUGUGAUUUUUUUCAAAUGUGAUUUUUGUUUUAUUGUAUUUGUUUUAAUUUAUGCCCCUGUGCCAGUUCACUUGGAUUUCAUAUUUUUUAUAUAUAUUUUUUUGUAUUCUAGUUGGUGUUGUUUUGACAAAGAAUGAGUUGAAAGCAGCUGGUUUUGCAGACUUGCAAUCCUGUUUCUUUUUAAUUUCACGCAGGAAACAAACUCUGGCUGGCCGAGUUCUGUUUGGGGGCACAAACAAAAUGUUAAUUCUGCAUUUCAAAGACAAUCGGAUGACAUUGUUAAAAAUAGACAUUUUAAAAUACAUUUUCCUUUCUUGCUUUUCAGAUGUAAUUCAAGAGCAUGUGAAGGUUUUUUGGUUGAGCCAAAUGACGACUUUGUUCACCUGGGGCGGGGUCCGUGCAGUGGCCACAACAUUAGGUACACCUGCACCGUAAUUAUUAUUUUUAUUUUAUUUUUUAAAAUCAAUAUAACAGCUAUCUAGAAUCCCAAUAGUAAUAGAAAAAUAAACAAAAUCUUUAUAUUUUUAUUUUUAUUUGUAUAAUUCAAAUUAAAAAGUAUGAUGUAGACAUACAUUCAUAUAUAAUAUAUAUAUAAUUGACAUAUACUAGAUUAAUAUUGGCGGCACGGUGGAAGACUGGUUAGCGCGUCAGCCUCACAGUCCUGAGGACCCGGGUUCAAUCCCCGGCCCCCCUCUGUAUGGAGUUUGCAUGUUCUUCCCAUGCCUGCGUGGGUUUUCUCCAGGCACUCCGGUUUCCUCCUGCAUCCCAAAAACAUGCAUUAAUUGGAGACUCUAAAUUGCCCGUAGGUGUGACUGUGAGUGCGAAUGGUUGGUUGUUUCUAUGUGCCCUGCGAUUGGCUGGCAACCAGUUCAGGGUGUACCCCGCCUCCUGCCCGAUGAUAGCUGGGAUAGACUCCAGGACGCCCGCGACCCUAGUGAGGAGAAGCGGCUCAGAAGAUGGAUGGAUGGAUAGAUUAAUAUUAAAAAAAAAAAAAAAAGUUUUAAUUUGUUUUUUUAUAACAGUAUAUAAAAGGUAUAUAUAUAAAACAUUUUGUAUUGUGUAUUUCAAUGAAAAUCUAAAUACACUUAUUUUUAAUGAUAAUUAUUUAUUUUUGUAUUUUUUUAGGUGUUGUGGUUGUCAUCUUACUGAUAGCAGGUCCUAGUAUUUUCUUUCCCCAUUGUAGCAAAUUAUCAAAAUACUACAGGUAGUGUCAAUCAAAAAUUACUCUUACGGUGGUGUCUUGAGAUACGAGUUUAAUUCUGUGUGCAUAUUAAAGAGGGAAAAUAGCACUAUAAUAUUAUUGAAGCGAGUUGAGUUCGCUGCCACCAUACGGCGUUCAUAUCUCACGUUUGCGCUCCCAAGUCAAAGCCAAAAAUCAUCUGAAUGACUGCUCGUACCUCGAAAACCCUGAAGUCGAGUCACUCAUAUCUCAAGGCGCAGCUGUAUUAUCAUUAUUAUUAUCAUCAUUCGCAGGUGUACCUAAUGUUGUGACUAAUUAUUGAAUGCGGAAUCUUCAUGCUAAUGCUAAAAUGCUAAAACAAAAAAAACAAAAAACUUGGGUUGAACAAUGAGCAUGAGCUAGUUUAGAUGUUUCUAUAUCUUCAUGCAUGUUUAUGUUUACCUAUUUUGUAUCAUGACGGGACUUGCAGUGCAAAGUCAAAAUGUAUUUUACAGAAAGCAGAGUUUAAUGACUUUUAUGUCUUUUUAUGUAUACAAAGUGCCUUCUAGAAAUAAAUAGAUUUGGGAAGUG